AUGAUUAUGCCAAUGAGGGAAGUGUUGAUGAAGAACCAACAAAAAACACUUGAAAUGUUAGACUGCAAAGAAAUUUUCUUCUCCACCCUUAACGAUUGUAUCAAAAUAACGGAAAACUGUACUUGCAACAAAGAAGGCCUUGCAAGCAACCAGGAAGAAGCAGACACGAAAGUCGUCCUGCACUAUAAGAGUGCUCUAGCGAGCUCUUUGAACAAGAGUAUCAUUCUUCGAUCACCAUCAGGUGAUACCGACAUCACAAUAAUUAUGAUCGAAAAAUUUAUUGAAGAGAGAGCAAAUUGUUUUCUCGAUUAUGGAAGUGGACAGAAUCGAAUGGGUCUGUGGCUAAACAGUGUUGAUUUAAAUAAGCCAUUGAAAGAAUGCCUUAUUGGUUUUCACGCGUUCACAGGAAAUUACUUUGUAUCGUCUUUCUUUCGAAAUGGAAAAGAACUUUGCCGGAAAGUUUUAGAAACAAAUCCGAAAUUCUACCACGCUUUUCAAAACCUGGGAGUGAACUGGAAUCUCAGCGAUGCAAUAUUUGACCUUCUUGAAGAAUUUGUAUGCUUCGCGUAUGGCUAUCGGAGAAAGAGCGUUAAUUUCGUCCGUCACCAAAUGUUUCAGGCAAAGUACAAAAAACAUUCAAAAAUUGUUGAUCUUUCUUUGUCACCACCGUGUCAGUCUGUGUUGAAACUUCACGGCAGACCAGCAAACUUUGUUGCUAAGAUGUGGAAGUCGUCAGAUGAAGCAAAACUACAGAUUCCAGAAAUCUCACAUCAUGGAUGGAAAUCGACCGGUGAAAUCAAAUGGCUGGUAAGAGAAUUUCCCGAUGAUGUAGAAGAACUUUUACUUAAUCCUGAACUCGAUGAACUGGACGACGAUAAAAUAUUUGAUAGAGAUUUCGAGAGUGAGGAAGAAAGUGACUUUGACAGCUGA